UAUAGCUACCUGAUUUGUUCCUGAUGGAACUUCAUUCUAUGCAGUAUUAAUGACAGAUUGCGAGGCCCUGGAAGCAUCUCUCAUAUACGAGGUCAUAUAUAAACUUUAUUCCACUUGAAUUUACAACAUUUAAACUUCCUAACUAAUCCUACAGCUGCUGCCAGCUAGACAAAUUCAGGCAUUCGCUUUUGCCUAUAUUGGAUGGCAGUAUUAUCCCGCUGAGCCUCAGCGAUUCAAGCGACGUCAACUAACUCUCGCCGACAGUAUUGUAUUGAACGUAGUCGACCAAUCUUGGCUGACUCGAUUCACCGAUUUAUACGUGUCUACAUAAGCGCAAGCGAGUCGCUGCAUUGCGUGAUACCGCAGUCUGCGAGUGAAAAAUCUUCCAAUAUUCCAAUAUGGCUGAGGCAGCAGCUACGACCAAGACUGAAGAUUCAGCGACAGCAGCGGGGGAGAAGGCGGCCCCGGCAGAGGAACUGGCCGACAAUGUUCCGGCCAAGGAGAUGCGGUCCAUCGUUUUGACUGGGUUCGGAGGCAUCAGGUGUAUGCGGAUUGUGAAGAAACCAGAACCUUCACCGAAAGACGGGGAGGUGCUUAUCAGAGUCAAAGCAUGUGGCCUGAGUUUCUUGGACCUUAUGGCGCGCCAGGGGUGUAUCGACAACGCUCCUCGCACCCCGCUAGUCAUCGGGUUUCAAUGUGCUGGGGACGUAGAGGCGGUCGGGGAUAAUGUCACAGACUUCAACAUCGGAGACCGCGUGAUUGCCCUUACGGACUACCACGCCUGGGCGGAAGUGGUCAGCGUGCCUGCGCAGACCGUCUACCAUAUGCCAACUGGGAUGAAUUAUCACGAGGGGGCUGCCUUCCCUCUGAACUGGCUGUCUGCCUAUAUUCUCUUAUUUGACCAAGGCGGACUACGCCCCGGUCAGUCGGUGCUGGUUCAUUCUGUUGGAGGAGGUGUGGGCCAAGCCAUAGCACAACUGUGUAAAACGGUGGAUGACGUCACGUUGUACGGCACUGCAUCUCACAACAAACAUGAGCAGAUCAAGAAUGACGUCACCUACUUGUACGAUCACGUGGUAGAUUACGCCCAAGAGAUACGCAAGGCGUCUCCAGACGGUGUUGAUUUGGUGCUAGACAGCCUGUGUGGGGAAGACGCCAAUAAGGGGAUAGGCCUCCUUAAACCCAUGGGACGAUACGUGCUCUAUGGUUCAUCGAAUAUCGUAACAGGGGAAACAAAAAGCAUUUUCAGUGUGGCUAAGGCGUGGUGGCAGAUAGACAAAAUCAGCCCCAUCAAACUUUACGAUGAAAACAAAUCGAUUUCCGGCUUCAACCUACGGCAGUUGUUAUUCCACCAAGGGAAGCACGCCUACGUGCGUGAUGUCAUGAACAUCCUGUUUAAAAUGUACAACCAAGGAAAGAUUAAGCCUGUUAUCGACUCGGUAGUUGCCUUUGAAGACAUUGGUGAAGCAAUGCAAAAGAUGCACGAUCGGAAGAACGUGGGUUCCAUCGUCCUUGAUCCCACAAUGACCUCUAGCAAGAAUGCAGCACCGGAAACAGUGAACCAAAACGAGGCUGAACACAAAGCUGACGACACCAAUGCAGAGACGAAAUAAAACAGCACAUCAAAGUUGUGAUCGUAUAUUUUGUGUAUAUAUUAAUCGUAAAACUAGAACUAUAAAUGGUUAAAUAUUAAAUACGGAUAUAAGAAAAGUAUACACUUUACUAAAGUGGUGCUACAAUUACAAAGAGGUAAACUAGACUGAGUUGCAAACGUUGCGUAUAUACAUAUAUUUAAAUUGUACACAGACCUGUAUACAAACAUGAAGUGUUGAUUUAAGGUCAUCUGCACGAUUAUGUGUGAUAUUUGUGAAACCCCAAAUAUACCUGUAUAGGAAUCAGAGAGACAAAAUGAAACAGAUAUUUAUAUGUAACAUUUAAAGAUAUAAGAUGAGAGUCUGCAGUAUUUAGAUUCAGACACAUGUGCCGAUACUGGUGUGCCAAUAGAAUUUUACAAAUGGUUUCCGUGCGACGUUGUCAUAACAUUGCCAAUCGUCAAUGGCCGUACGUAGAGACCAAAUAGUAUUUUCCAAAACGACUGUCAAGGGGGAGAAAUAUUCGUGUGAGCUUUCGAAGCCAAUGUAGCUUAACGGUUACCCCCAAGAGCAAACAAGACACUGCUUUUUUAAUCACGUUGUCUAUUAUUGUUGUAAAACGUUAUUGUGUCUUAGUGGAUUACAUCAACCUUGACCUCACACAGUACUGUGUUCAUUGGAAUACCAACGAAAUCUACUCAAAAACCAAUAUAGUUGACAUUAAAAUGGAAGCAUGGAUAGGAUUACUGAAGGACGUUCACUGCCAUAUGUUGCAUGCCAUAUGAUCUUGUUCACAUGUGAUUUUCAUGUAAUAGAUUGAAAUACAGGUGUAAUUAACAUACAAAGACUGUAUCCAAUGUGGGUGGUAUGAAAUAAAUACGUAUA